UACCAUUUGGUCUCACUCAUUCUCACUCACCUGCACCAGCAGCCAAGAGCCAACACGAUCUCAGCAAGAUCUCCACUCCACUAGCUGCUCACUCGCUACUAGCACCAGGAAGGAGAGAUCGAGCGCUGCCACUAGCCAAGAACCGAGCAGCCAUGGAGUCGUCGACGGCGACGCAGACGGAGCGCCACGGCCGCGGCAACGCGACGGCGACCACCAUCGCCAAGAGCAGGUGGGGGCCCUACUCGGGCGCCGGGGACUUCGCGGGCAACAUGGCCGUCAUCCUCGCGUCCCUGCUCGCCGCGCUCGCGCUCGCCCUCGCGCUGCACGCCGGCGUCAGGCACCUCCUCCGCCGCCGCCGACGGCAGCGGCAGACGAACGGCGGCCAGGCGCCGGACCCGGAGAAGCCGCCGCCCGUGGCGCCGGCGCUGCUGGAGCUGGUGUACUCGGCGGCGGAGGCGGGCCAGCUGGCGGGCGCCGCGUCCGAGUGCGCCAUCUGCCUCGCCGAGUUCGCGGACGGCGACGCCGUGCGAGCCGUCCCGGCCUGCGGGCACGGCUUCCACGCGCGCUGCAUCGAGCGCUGGCUCGCCCCCGGCGGGCGGCGCUCCUCCUGCCCGACGUGCCGCGCGCCGGCCUCCACGCCACUGGCAUCGGCAUCGGCCGGUGCCCCCGCCGCGGCGGCGUCCUGA